GUUUAGAGAAAUGCAACAUGACUAUAAAGGUAUAGUGCAACUGGAGAGAGAUGUGGAAGAGAAGGACAAAGAAAUAGUGGAGACAAAGAGGGAGGUGGAGGAAAAAGACAGGGAAAUAGUGGAGACAAAGAGGGAGGUGGAGGAAAAAGACAGGGAAAUAGUGGAGACAAAGAGGGAGGUGGAGGAGACAAAGAGGGAGGUGGAGGAGACAAAGAGGGAGGUGGAGGAAAAAGACAGGGAAAUAGUGGAGACAAAGAGGGAGGUGGAGGAAAAAGACAGGGAAAUAGUGGAGACAAAGAGGGAGGUGGAGGAGACAAAGAGGGAGGUGGAGGAGAAGGACAGACAGAUGGAGGAGACCAGACAGGAGAUGGAGGAGACCAGACAGGAGAUGGAGGAGAAGGACCGACAGAUGGAGGAGAACAGACAGGAGAUGGAGGAGACCAGACAGGAGAUGGAGGAGACAGCUGAGGCAUUGGAGAUGUCUCUGAGGGUAGUGGACGAGACCACACAAGACGUAAUGAACAGUCAGCAAGCCCUACAACAGGAGAUAUUGGCUAAUCAGCAGAAGGAUCAAAUGAUUCAACAGAAGGACAGAAUGUUAAAUCAGAAGGACAGCCUACUGCAACAGGAGAGACAGAGAGUACGAGAGCUGGAGCAGAGUCCUGAGGGGGAGUGGCAGAGGAGGCUGCGUGAGUUGGAGGAGGAGAUUCGUCGACUGUCCGCCCAGUCUAACCGCUCCAAGUGUAAGAUCUGCCUUGUGGAGGAAGUCCAGGUGUCCUUUACCCCCUGUAAUCACUUAAUCUCAUGUCAGGGAUGUGUAGACAGACUGCCGGAGAGAGUUUGUCCUAUUUGUAGGGAACCCAUUCAGAGGACAGUCAACAUGUUCUUUGCAUAAAGAGACAGGUGAAGUGUAUGUAAAUGCUGCAGCUAUCAAAUAUCUGUUUUAUAGCCCCUUUAUAUGGUUGUCUUAUUUUUUUGUAGUUAACAUACCUUUAGUUGGGGGAUGAAU